ACAGACCUUCCUGAUUUCCAUUUUCUGUAAAUGUCUCUCUCUAUGACUCAAAACCCUAAUCUAGAUUCCUCACCCGAAAACAAACAAGUAGUCUCACUUUCAUCAGAGUCAUAAAGUAAGGAAUUUCAGGUUUUGGCUUCACUCGCUUCAUUCUUUGCUUAGUUACGGGCAUCCCCAGCAGAGUGUAAUGCCAAAUUAACGAAAUGCAGCCUGAGACAAACAGCUCCCUGGUUCACCUAUUUUGAGGUGUACUCAGUAUGUGUAUGAGAAAAUCCAGUCUAGGAUACUUCAGAGUUGCCAGAAAGAGCCUAAAUGUUUUAUUCAAUAAAACGUCAAUAUCAUCAUCAUCUUAUGCAUUCACAAAUGUUUCACCUCUGGGCUGCACUAUGUUUAUCUGGUUCACUGGUUUCAUACAUAUGUUUCAGUUUCCAUUCUCAACUGGUACAAAAAAACACCAAGAAGAUUUGAAUAUUGUAUCGGUACGUCAGAUUAUUCAAGAUGAAAGGUGGGACGAUUUUAGACUUGUUGGGUUUUUUAGUUCUGUUUUAGCCCCUGCUAGAGUUUCUAGGAUUUUAGCAGAGUUAAAGGAGGAACCAUGUCUAGCUCUUAAGUUUUUUAAUUGGGCAGCUAAGCAACAUGUUUAUGGUGGUCAUACAGCGGAGUCGUAUUGUAUUCUUGUUCAUAUAUUAUUUGCGUGUAGAAUGUAUUUUGAUGCACAAGAGGUUUUGAAAAGUUUGAUUUAUAAGAGAAGGGUUUUGCCUGGUUUUGAUGUUUUUGAUGUAAUGUGGUCGACGAAAGGUGUUUGCAAGACGGGUUUUGGAGUCUUUGAUGCGUUGUUUAGUGUCUUGACCCUUUUAGGUUUGUUUGAAGAAGCCAAUGAGUGUUUUUCAAAGAUGAGAAAAGUUAAGAUUUUGCCGAAGGCAAGGUCUUGUAAUGUUUUUUUGCAUAGAGUUUCAAAGUCUGGUCAAUCAAACUUGUCGAGAAAGUUUUUUAACGACAUGAUUGCAGCCAAGAUUAUACCGUCGGUUUUCACUUACAAUAUUAUGAUAGAUGUUAUGUGCAAGGGAGGGGACUUAGAGACAGCGAGGAGUUUGUUUGAGCAAAUGAAGAAAAUGGGUUUGACACCAGAUGUUGUUUCAUAUAAUACACUAAUUGAUGGGUAUGGGAAGUUCGGACAACUACAGAAAGUGCUGUGUAUAUUUGAGGAAAUGAAGGUGACAGGUUGUAAUCCUGAUGCGAUAACUUAUAAUGCUUUGAUAAACUGUUCUUGUAAAUCUGAACAGAUUCCUAAGGCCUUUUGGUAUCUCCGUGAUAUGAAGGAGAAAGGGAUCAAACCAAAUCUUGUUACCUAUAGUACGUUAAUAGAUGCUCUUUGUAAGGAAGGGAUGCUUCAAGAGGCAAACAAAUUUUUUGCUGGUAUGAGAUUGGUAGGACUCUUCCCUAAUGAGUUCACAUAUACUUCUUUAAUAGAUGGAAACUGUAAAGCUGGCAAUCUUACCGAAGCUUUGGAGCUGUUUAGUGAAAUGGUCAAGACAGGAAAAGUUUUGAACAUUGUUACCUACACGGCAUUAAUAGAUGGACUAUGUAAAGAAGGGAAGGUAGAGGAAGGCGAAAGGGUUUUCAGGUCUAUGUUAAAAACUGGAAUUAUUGCGAACCAGCUAAGCUACACUGCCCUGGUUCAUGGGUAUUUCAAGAAGAAGAUGGCAGAGAAGGCUGUAGAUUUAUUGAAAGAAAUGAGUGAAGAAGGCAUCAAAGCUGACAUAUCUCUUUAUGGAACAAUCAUUUGGGGACUUUGUGAGCAAGGGAAGCUUAAAGAAGCCACCAUUUUAAUGGAUGAAAUAAUAGAUGGUGGUUUAAAGUUGAACCAUUUUAUCUACACAAUAUUAAUGGAUGCUUAUUUCAAGGCAGGAAAGGCCCGGGAAGCUCUCAGUUUCUUAGAUAAGAUGCAGGAAGUGGGCGUUGUCCCCUCAGUUGUGACUUAUUGUGUCUUGAUUGAUGGUCUGUGCAAGGCCGGGAUGGUAGAAGCAGCAUCCAAUCAUUUUGAAAGGAUUGGAGAUGUGGGUUUGCAUCCUAACACGGUUGUUUUUACGGCUCUCAUCGAUGGACUUAGUAAGAAUUAUUCUUUGGAAGAAGCAAAGAAUUUGUUUCAUCUAAUGGUGGGGAAGGGUUUGAUUCCUGAUAAAUUUGCUUACACAUCUCUGAUGGACGGAAAUUUGAAGCAUGGAUAUCUUCAAGAAGCUUUUGACCUGCGGGACAAAAUGUUGGAAAGUGGUAUUAAGCUCGAUCUUCAUGCUUAUACUUCGUUAAUAUGGGGGCUUUGUCAAUAUGAUCAAGUGAAAGAAGCACGGGCUUUGCUGGCUGAGAUGAUAGAGCAGGGCAUUCUUCCAGAUAAAGCUGCUUAUAGUUGUCUUAUCAGAAAGUAUCACCAACAGGGAAAAGCGGAUGAAGCUAUUGAAUUACAUAACGAGAUGUCUGAAAGGGGACUGAUCACAGGCAUUAAUGGUCAUGCAGUACCAAAUAAAUGAAUGUGAAAUAUGCGAGCAGCAAUAUCCUAAUUUGCCAUACAUGGUUGCAAGGCACAGAAGGACCUGACCUGUGAUGUUGGAUAGGACCAAACAAUAAUCGAAAAGGGAGCCCUUUUUGGCUUCGAGAAGUUCAGGCAGUCCAAUAUUCGGCCAUCGCCAUCCAUGAAUUUAUGAUAAGUUAGCAAUGAAAACCCGUAAAAGCUGCAAUGGUGCACAUCAAUUCUUCUGAUAUCUACUUAGGGCAUCUGCAUCACUAAUUUGUCAACAGAAGGAUGGAAUCAUCCGCCUAUUGCCUGUUAUGUUAUUCUUCGCCUAUUUAAACAGGUUCAUCAUAAACAACACUAGCAAUCAAGCUAGUGUUAGUUGGAGGCCCGAGGACAGGGAACUAGCACGGUCAGUGGGGAUUUUUGGAGCUGAGCAGUUGGGCUUUGGAAUAAAAACUUCAACAAAGCUCGUUGUUAAGUGUUUUAAAGCCAUUAACAAAAACCAGAGUGUAGUUAGUUAAUGGCAAUAGUGGUUACUGAAUGUUGUAUACUUAUGUAAAUCAUCAAUUAGUAUAAUUCUACCGCUGAAUGUAAGCACCCCUCGGUUAAUAUUGUAAUUCCUUUUGUCUAAUGAGAUACAUAUAUAUGACUUGGCUAGAAAAAAAACUAAAUAUAUGCUUCCUGAGUUGUAUAUGUGCAUCAUAUAUGUGCAUCUUAGACUGAGACGAUUAUUUGCACAGCAUGGUGAUGGAUUUGUGAACAUUUGAUUUUGUUACAACCAUACACAGG